GGGGUAUCAACGCAGUCCCAGAAAGCAAAAAUCUUCCAGGCCAGACAAUUGCUAGGAAGCGUGGACCACCCGCUGCGCAUCAAUGCACCAAUUACACGGUGACUUUUAGAACAGGUAGCCUUUUUCACUCCAGCCACCUAAAUACGACAGAGGACGGUCAUAGCUAUGUAGCGGCCGACACCGAAUUCUGCAAAAGCAGUCCAACCCAUUCAACCCUUGUCUUCCAACGGACUACGUUCGACUGCGCUCUCCCUCUCCGAUCGAACAGCCAUGUCGGCAGGUGGAAAAUUAAAUGGCACUAUCGGCACCAGCGCUCGGACAUCGCGGCCCAACCCCGAUGCUGCAAGGAAGUGGGUUGCCGAGGAGACUCGCGCAGAGGCGAAGGAGGUUUUUGCCCAACACAUGAAGGAGACCAGCAAUUUGGAUGUGUUAUCUCGGUGCAAAAAGCUGAAUGAACUCCUUAGCAGCGAUGUGCUUAGAGGUAAAGGGAACUCGACAGCACAGAUAAAGGAGAUACUGGGCAUUUUGCAGGCGGGGCCCAAACGUCCCGCAUUCUUAGACAAACCGCCGGUGACUGCCACCGCUGGCAAGCGGAGCAGUCCAUCUGGGACUACACCCGAGAAACUCGCAGCCCCGCCUCCAAGCCGGGAUAUCGUGUACCCCGACACGCUACUUAGCCUUUUGGAAGAUGAAGAGGAACCUCCCCCGCCCAGCCGCGCGCCACCCCUAGCUGCAACUCUACCGCAGCAACACCCGGACGACAUGGACGACCUCAUACACCUGCUGAACGAGCCCUGGAGCGAUGCGCAGGAGCUCCCUGUGCAGUUGCCUCUUUCCUCCCCCUUACCGAGGUUGCCUCCGCAGCAGGAGCAACAGGUGUCCAAAGCGGCCCAAGGUGCAGAACAGCGGAGGGACAAAGUCAAGCAAGCGAAUGACGAGGCGCAGCGGCAGCAGAAGGCCAGGCAGGCACAGGAGGAAGAGGAGCGGGCGCGGAAAGCACGGAAAGCAGCGGAAGAGGAGGCGGAGCGGCUGCGUCAGUUAAAAGAGGCAGAGGAGGGAGAGCGUUUACGUAAGCAGAGAGAGAAAGAAGAAGCUGACCGGGUACGCAAGCGGAGGGAGGCAGAGGAAGCAGAGCGGGCACGUAAGCAACAAGAGGAAGAAGAGGCAGAGAGAUUGCGUAGACAGCGGGAGGCCGAGGAGGCAGAGCGGCGACGGAAGGCGGAGAUAGAGGAGGCGGAGCGCCAGCGGGCUGCUGCCGCCGCCGCUGAGGCGCUUCGCCUAGAGCGCUUACGUCAUAACGCCACGCUAUGCAUUCAAACACAGUGGCGGGCAUUCUGCGCUCGGCGCUUGGUGGCGCAGGUCAGACGGCAACGGGAGGAGGAGCGCGCCUUGGCCGCUGCCGCAUGCGUGUUGCAGGCUGCUUGGCGAACGCGGCAGGCGGCAUGCGAGCACCGCGCGCUCCUUGCAGCCGCCGGCACGAUGCAGUGUGCAGUGCGGGCCUGGCUGGCGCGGCGUUGCAUGCAGCGCCUGUGCGUGGAGGCCUUUGUACGGAAACGUGCAGCCUGCACCAUCCAGCGUGCGUUCCGUGCAUACCGCGCGCGGGGUUAUACGCUGGGACCGCUGCGGGUCCCGACCCGGCCGGCCACGUCGCAGGGCUGUAUUGAUGGCGCAGCGCUGCUCGCCAUGCAGCUGCGGCUGCGCAGUGCAGUGGAUGCGCGACUAGCACCGGAGCGCACGGUGCCCGCCAGCGGCUCUGACAGCGCCCGGCAGCACCGCACCGUGCUGUCACACCGGGAGCGGGUGCGCCAGGUGAGCGCCUCCGAGCGCCACCGCCGCUCCGGAGUGAGCGAGCGCGCCAUCAUGGCGGCCAGCGAGCACCGCGACAACGAUGAGGCACUCGCCAUUGCACGGCAGGGCCUAGCGGUGUCGCUGCUGCCGCCGCCCGCGCCAACUCUGCCGCGGGUACCGACUGGAGACGGUACGGCGGCACCGCCGAGCCGCAACGGCAGCCGCCCGACCUCUCAGGGUUCCGGGCGGCCGCAGGCGGCAGCCGCGGCAGCGGACGUUACGAGCACUGCGGUUCUGCGGCCGUCAAGCAGCCAGCGGCGGAGAUCUAGCUCGAUUGGGGCGCCAGCGAACCCAGUGUGACCAGUGUGUCGGGCAGCUUCACCUCCCUGCGAGUGGCCGGCUGGUCGUUGCGCACCAUAGGACCCCUUGGUACCGGUAGGCAAUAGGAACCCAUGUUGUCAUAUGGACCCGUAUGAAGACGACAGCCGUUCUUUGCGGUGCGGGUGGCGCCCUGGCUCAGUGUACAUGCAUUCUGAGCCGAAAGGGGCGGGGGGUGUGCCCGUCGCAGCUGGUGGCAUGGAGCCGGACCUGGCGCUGGAUGCCGAUGAAGCAGCCGCUUGUAC